GUACAUUGUGGAUCCCAAGAAGAAGGAGAUGGUUAGUGUGAAGCCCCCUUUCCUGAGGCCGGAUCUAAAGGAGCGACAGAUCACCGUCAAAAUAAGUGACAACGGUGUUCAAGCCAACCUCAACCAGAACAAGUCUAAAAUUAGCCUUGAAGGGCUGGACGAAAAUACCAUGGAUAUACAGCCUCCACUUCCACCCAAGGGGGAUUCCAGUAAAUACAGUGAACUGGGAAGCAAUGAAGAGACCAGCCUUUCUCCCAAACUGAUCAGCCCUCCUACACCUGCCAUGUACAAAUAUCGCCCUGCUUUCAGCCACAACUCUAAAGUCCAUUAUCAUGGAACAUCUGAGCAG